UAAUCCCUUAUCAUGUAAUCCAUAACAGCCUCACAGUCUCAUCCUGACUCUUGGAGGGGAUUUGCCACAAUAAACAAAAACAACUCAGCUUGCAUGGACUUUCAUGUAAUUUUGAUCAAUUUGGUCUUUGCAGAUUUGCACAAAGUUUGUUGCAGUAAUUGGCUAGAUAACCGAGGACUAACAUUUGUGGAGUUUGUAAUGCAGAGGGAAGCUCUAAAAGAGUUCCCCGGCUCAAACAGUUUCAUGUAAUGUAAGAAAUCAUUUCAGUCUUUAAGGGAGUUGAAGGAACAGAUUUCCACAAUGGGUCAGCGCCUUAGCGAGGAGAAUGACCCAGACAAGGAAAUCGAAGUGGCCGAGCUGCAGGAAUGGUACAAAAAAUUUGUCGUGCAGUGCCCGAGUGGAACUCUCUUCAUGCACGAGUUCAAGGGAUUUUUUGGCGUCGCUGAUAACAAGGAGGCUUCAGAUUACAUUGAAAACAUGUUUCGAGCCUUCGACAAGAACGGCGACAACACUAUUGAUUUUCUGGAGUACGUAGCAGCCUUGAACUUAGUCCUGAGGGGCAAACUGGAACAUAAACUCAAAUGGACAUUCAAAAUGUAUGACAAAGACGGAAGCGGAUGCAUCGAUAAAACAGAGCUUCUUGAAAUUGUGGAGUCUAUCUAUCGAUUGAAGAAAGCCUGCCACGGAGAGCUGGAUGCAGAGUGUAAUCUGCUGACCCCAGACCAAGUGGUUGACCGGAUAUUUGAGCUGGUGGAUGAAAAUGGAGAUGGAGAGCUCUCGCUGGAUGAGUUCAUUGAUGGAGCACGGAGGGACAAGUGGGUGAUGAAGAUGCUGCAGAUGGACGUCAACCCCGGGGACUGGAUGACCGAGCGAACACCCAGCUCUGAUUGUUGAGGCUGGAACAUGGAACUGCCAAUCUGUCACAUAACGCGCAUCCUUCAUGUGUGACCAAACAUGCUGUGAUUUUGUAUAUAUUGCAGUUUGUAUAUAAAAGACAACACCACAGUCAUCCUGACAUUGUUCUGUAUGCUGUCGUAUAAGAUUUAGAUGCAUGUCCACAACAAUGCUAUACUUUCUUUACUUCUUUAUUCAAUUGCGCAACAGUCAUUUUGACCAUUUAUUGCCAGCAAUGUUCUUGUAUGUCUGUUUACAUGUCUGUAUUUUAUAGAUGCUGCAGACAUAAGGUGCCUAACUGUAUAUUAUUUUUGGCUUUGUGUCACAAAAUGAGCAUAAAAAUGAUCCAAUAAACUAAAUUAACAACCACAGAGAGGUGUUUUUACUUAUUAAGGGAAGAUCCGACCUCUUCUCAGGACUGUGUGACUGAGAUUGAUUGACAUUUUCCUCAUUCACUCAUAGUUUUGUUGCACCUACACUGUUAGCCUUUACUGUAAUUUUUACAGUUAAAAACCACAAGAUGCCCAAUAACCCUAACAUAAAACAUCUUCACAGUUAGUCACUGUAAUUUGUCUAGCAUUAUGGCUAUAGUACAGAUGUUAUAUGUCAUUUAAAAUUGUGGUAAUUUACUGUUAACACAUUAGUGCUA